GAAGGCCGAGCUCGGUGGGGUCGGGUUGCGGGGUUGGAAUGAGCGGGACACGCGGAGACCGUGCGGGGAAGACUGACCGCGCUUUGCCCUCCACGGUCGUUUCCUUUCUUCCUCGAGCCCCUUCCGUGCGCGGUGACCUCACAUGAUGCCCACACCUCGUUUGGACACUGGGAAUCCAACCAUGGGUUUGUCUUCCUCGACCCCGGCUGUUGCUGUUCAGACCUCAAAUGCUUCAGAUCAUCAGACAUCAGCCCCGCCUUCAGGAUGUCCAAUGCAUAAAGGGCGAGUGGCAGGCUAUCCAGGGAGUGCAGAGCCACCUAACCCAGCCAGCUCUGUGCCUGCCCAUCAAGACCGCGCCUAUGAAUACGUGGAGUGUCCUGUUACGGGCGCCAGGGUUGAAAAUAAGGAGAACCUGGAUCCUUCCAAUCUGAUGCCGCCGCCUAAUCAAACCCCAGCCCCUGAUCAGCCAUUUGCACUGUCAACUGUGAGAGAGGAGUCUUCCAUUCCUAGAGCAGAUUCAGAGAAAAAGUGGGUGUAUCCCUCGGAACAGAUGUUCUGGAACGCGAUGUUAAGGAAAGGGUGGAAGUGGAAGGAGGAGGACAUCAGCCAGGCCGAUAUGCAUAAUAUCAUUAAGAUCCACAACCAGAACAACGAGCAGGCGUGGAAGGAGAUUCUGAAGUGGGAAGCCAUGCACGCCACGGAGUGCCCUUGUGGUCCCUCACUGAUCCGGUUUGGAGGAAAAGCCAAGAUGUACUCCCCGAGGGCAAGAAUCCGCUCCUGGAUGGGGUACGAGCUGCCUUUCGACAGGCACGACUGGAUCAUCAACCGUUGCGGGACCGAAGUCAGAUACGUCAUCGACUACUACGACGGCGGCCACGUCAACGAGGACUAUCAGUUCACCAUCCUGGACGUGCGGCCGGCUUUUGACUCACUGUCAGCGGUGUGGGACAGGAUGAAGGUGGCCUGGUGGCGCUGGACUUCCUAACCUGUGCUGGGUCAGAGAUGAGAAAGCUUGAGCAAUUUUUUUUUUUUUUUUUUUGCUGAGUGCUCCAUUAAAGUCUUCCUGAAUUGAAUCACACCUAUGAUGUAAUGUGAAUGCCAACUGGGUAAUCGCCCCCUCAGAGCCCGCCACUUUUGUGGCCAGCUACCAGGCUCUUGAGGUCGAUUCCCACUUGGAAUCUGAUAGCCAAUAAUCCUAACUUCCCUUCCCACUUAGAGAAGUGGGGAUAAGGUCUAGGUUUUACCUCGUAACUGCAGUAUUGCCUGAAUUUCUCAUCUAGCCUCUGAAAAAGAACUUUGGAAACAAGAGCUACUUUGCAUUCGUUUCCUCGUGAACACUUGAGAGCUAGAUCUGGAAAGCAUAUGAGAUUUUUUUCCUGGUCAAAUACAUUUUUUUUUGUCUGGGGGUCCCACCUGGCUGUACUCAGGUACUCCUCCCUGCAGGCUAGGGUGCAGAGCCAGCCUCCCGUGUGCAAGUCCUACACCCCAGCCUGCUGGCUCUCUUCUUGGUCCAGAUUAAAUAAUUUGACGUCCACUGUUCAUUAUAUCCUUGUAAGUACUUCCACUUUUUAAGACAGCUAACAAUCUAGGGCCGGAGCAGUAAUACAGCAGGUAUGGCGUUUGUCUUGCACACGGCCGACCCAAGUUCAAUCUCUGGCACCCCAUGUGGUCCCACAAGCCCGUCAGGAGUGAUCCCUGAGCACCGCCAGGUGUGGCCCCCAAAGCAAAACUAAAAUGUUACCCAUCUUGAAUGUCCCUCCAAUGCAAUUGUGCCCCUUGAUUCAGGAUUCAGCCAACCAAGGCGCGUCCUAGCUCAGGCCCCUGGAUAUUUCUGACUUGAAAUAUCCUUGCAAAAUGGAGGGACUUUCCACUCCCCUGUGAUCUGCUGAUACGCAUACACUGGAACCAUUUAGUUCCGCUUUGGGGUGGUGUCAUCCAGACGCCUACUGUGACAUGAGAUUCUUCCCCAAACAAGCUUUGGUGCCGGUUGUGUGGCGCCCCUGAGUCCUGUUCUUCCUUCUGCCAGAACCUUGCACCCACUCAGAAGGCGCAGUGCCACUUAGAGUUUGCUGGGUGUUGGAAUUCGUAAGGAAAACAAGCAGGUGGAGAAUGUUUGCAACAGCUCCCGCCUCGCUGUGUAAAGGUUUCUCAGGUUCAUUUCCCAGGAGUACCCAUACUGUAUAUGCACGGUAAUGCCGUGCUCGCCCAUGGCCAGGGUCAAGCUCGCAGCCAUCCUCACAAGGGCCUCUUCCGUCUUUCUUUGGGUUUUUACAAUUGCAGGGAUGCAAACCAGGGUCUCAGCUGUGCAAGACACAUUUCCUGCCCCUGAGUCACACCCGGGGCCCCCAUGCUGUUCACUGUUGAAAUGCUUUGUAUGAAUGAAUGACCCGUAGGCUGCUUGUGAGAGUGGCAUGUUCCAAACGACACAGGAGUUUCCAGUGCGGGUAUCAGGAACUUUGUUCCUUUACCGACUCCUGGAGUCUCAAGUGGACCGUUUGCCCUUAGCAGGCGAGUGUGAUCACCGUCAUAUGAAUUCCUUUGCUGUAUAGCUUUGUGUGGAGUUUCCAAAAUUGUAACAACUCAACCUGUCUGCAUUUUGAAAUACUUGCAUAUUUUAAAAUAAAGUUGAUCACUCGCA